UUUGAAUAUAUGUCAAAAGCCGCACAACGAAGACACCUGAGAGUUAAAAGUGAAAGUAAAUUUUUUGCUAAUCGUUGCCAUACCUUAAUUAUGUUAAGAAGCAUCAGCUGAUUGGUAGUUUAUCGAUAAAUCGCAGCACGGCCCGCGCUUCUGUUGUGAAAUUCCGUUUUGGAAAGUAAACUUUGUGUAGUAAAGCUAUAAUAAAUAUGGCAGGAGCAGAUGCGGCUGAAAAGGAUGUGGAUAACAUAAUCCGCAUAUUAGUAGCUACAGACAAUCAUUUGGGAUACGCUGAAAAGGACGCAGUUCGCGGCGAAGACAGUUUUACAUCAUUUGAGGAAAUAUUGGAACUGGCAGUGUCCGAGGAUGUGGAUAUGAUAUUGCUUGGUGGUGAUUUAUUUCAUGACUCAGUGCCAAGCCAGAAUGCUAUGUACAGAUGCAUCGAAUUGCUGAGGCGAUAUACAUUUGGCGAUAAGCCCGUACCGCUGGAAAUACUUAGUGAUCAGUCGCUUUGUUUUUACAAUGCUGUCAACCAGUCGGUAAACUACGAAGAUCCUAAUUUGAAUAUUUCCAUACCAGUAUUUUCUAUACACGGCAAUCAUGACGACCCGAGUGGCUUUGGCCGUUUGAGCUCCUUAGAUUUGCUUAGCACAACGGGACUUAUUAAUUAUUUUGGACGCUGGACAGAUCUUACGAAAGUAGAGAUAAGCCCCAUCUUAAUUCGAAAGGGCGAAACUAAGUUGUCACUGUAUGGAUUAAGCCACAUUCACGACGCACGGCUGGUGCGUAUCUUCAAGGACUUUCAAGUGACUAUCAACUGUCCCAAUGAGUCUGAGGAGGACUGGUUUCACUUAAUGGUGGUGCAUCAAAAUCGCGCAGAUCGAGGUCCAAAGAACUAUCUGCCUGAAGACCUAUUGCCUGCCUUUCUGAAUUUAGUAAUUUGGGGUCAUGAACACGAUUGUCGCAUUGAACCGGAAGUAAACGCUGUACGUGAUUUUUACGUUUCCCAGCCAGGUUCGUCGGUGGCCACCUCGCUGGCCAAAGGCGAGUCGAUAAAGAAACAUGUGGGCCUGUUGGAGAUUUACAAAACUAAGUUUAAUCUUAAGCCAAUCCCUUUGCAAACUGUGCGUCCAUUUAUUUUUGAGUCAAUUGAUCUAGAGGACUACGUUGACAAACUGAAUCUAAAAGAGGGCGAUGCUUCCAUAAAGGUCUACAACUUUGCCAUAAAGCGUGUAGAGGCCAUGAUUGAACAGGCCAAAUCUCUGCUAACGGGUCAUCCAAAGCAACCGACAAUUCCACUGAUACGUCUGCGCCUCCGCUAUACUGAUGAGACGUAUAUGUUCAAUACCAUUCGUUUCGGCCAAAUCUUUGGCACACGUGUAGCAAAUGUCGCGGAUGUUGUAAAGUUCGAGAAAUUAAUAAAAAGAACCAAGAGUGAUAAGGUUAAUAUAGACAAAGAUGCUAUGCAGCGCGUUAUGGAGGUGGACAACACGGCGCGAGUAGAAGAGCUAGUAGAUAGGUACUUCGAAGAAGUGAAAGAUAAAAAUCCGCUCAAGCUUCUACACUCAAAGGCAUUGGCGGAGGUUACUUAUCGCAUGGUCGAACGUUCGGACAACAACGCAGCUGAUCAAAUAUUCAAAUUUUACAAUGAAAAGGCUGUCGAGCAUUUAAUGGAUACAAUGCCUUCUAUUGAGAAUAUUAAUGAUGAAAUAGAAAAUUUUAGACAGCACUAUAAGGCCGAUGAUCUGCUUAAAAUGUUGGAUGAUUCUAGCGUUAAGACAGAAGUUAAGAGCUCACUAACCAGCAUCAAGACAGCAAAUAACGAAGUGAAUAGGUCUGAUGCGCAGGCAACAUCCACUGCGAGAUCUGGCCGCGGAGCUGGCCGAGGAGCUGGAAAUCGUGCUGCGUCAACUCGUGCUAAAGCUAAAUUAGAUGUGUCCAUUAACUCAAAAAAUUCGUCAAACGGUCCUCAAGGACUUUUGGACGCCUGCAACAGAGGACGCAGAACAAAAGCAAAAAUAACCUACGUUGUAUCUGAUGAUUCCGACUAAUGGGUAUCUAAAAUAUUUUAGAGCAUACAUAGACAUCUGCAGUGGGUUGCACUCGACUAUAGUGUUCUUUUUAUAUCUUGUCGAUCGUGUCGCUACCGCUUAGUCUUCGAAAAUAUGUAUAUAAUUAAAAUCCUGAAUAAAAUAUUGUGAGAAAACUUCAU